AAAAAUGUUUAAUAUUCCAACAUGUUCACCUCUUAACACUUUAAAUAAUGACAAUAAUAACAAAGCCAUUCCAAAAUCCUUAGCACAAUUGUUAGCAGACCGUCGACCUUCAUAUUCUGUUAGCAUUCCCAGCGAAUCCAGAAAAUUAAACAGAGAAUGUAGAAGGAAAGGGAACGAGCAAGUUUGUGGGAAGGAUGAAGAGGUGAAUGGAGGUUCUAUCAUGCUUCCCCUUCCACCUCUGAAGGAGUCAAACAAUGCAGAAAUAAAAAAAAUUUUACUACAAAAAAUACAGCAAUGCCAACAAUUUGUGGCAUGGGGAGAGGAGGAGAAUGAAGAAAAAAUUAAUGAGAGAUUAAUAAAGACGAAUGCUUUAGAGGAAGUAAUUGAAUGGGUUUCCAAUAGUUCUUCGAAAAAAAUGGAGGAAGAGGACAAUUUGAAGCGCGGACUGGUUGAUAUUGUCCGAAUUCUUCCUCCAAGCGAAACACAAGAUAAUUCAACAACAGAAGAACUAACAGAUAUUGGUCUAGAUUCUCGGCUAACAUCCAACUCCCAUUUAGAGCCUAAUUGGCCCCAUUUACUUCAAGUUUAUCGUCUACUACAUUUAUUAAUUGAAAAAUGGAGUGAUGGCGAUCUUGCUAAAUUUACUGAAUUUAAUUCAAAAUUUAUUGGAGAUUUAUUGGAAUUAUUUCACUCAGAAGACCCCAGAGAAAGACAACAACUCAAAAAAGUGGUUCACACACUCUACAGUAAAUUGGUGCCUUUAAGGCCUGAGAUACGCAAAAGAAUGGGGUGGUUGUUUUUGGAACAUGUUUAUGAAAGUAGACAGUGUAAAGGAGUUCCUGAAAUUUUGGAAAUUCUUGGAGAUAUAAUUAAUGGUUUCUGCGUUCCACUAAAACCCGAACAUCGCCAAUUUUUCUUAAAAAUAUUACUUCCUCUACACAAGCCAAGAACUUAUUUGCUAUAUUUUGCUCAGCUUUCAAACUGUGUUGCUUUAUUUAUCGAAAAAGAUUUUAGCCUUGUAAAGCCUACUUUUGACUAUUUACUUGGAAAAUGGCCGAAAGAUUAUUCGGCUAAAGAAGUUUUAUUACUAACGGAAAUUGAAGAAGUAUUGAGUCGAAUUGGAAAUAAUGAAUUUAAUUUAAUUUGUAAGCCACUCUUUCGACAGUUGGGAAAAUGCGCGUCAAGUCUGCAUUUCAGGGUAGCUGAACGAGCACUCCAAUUAUGGAACAGUGAAACAAUUCUCUCCCUCAUCACCCCAAAUUACAGCCAUUUAUUAUUUCCUAUAAUGCUACCAGCAUUGUUUAAAGCUAAUGAGGCAAAUCAUUGGAAAAAUGAAAUUAAUAAUUUGGUGUACAAAUCAUUAAUGAGACUAAAACGAAUGGACACAACUUUAUUCAACUUGUUGACUUGUGAUUACAACGAAAAUGAAAAUUACUUGAAAAUUAAAAAGGAGGAAAAUUUAUUUUUGAUAAAGAAAAAUGAAAAACACAUAAAUUAUUCCAAUUGUUCAAGGCAACAUUUAAAUGAAGGGAACAAGGAAGAAGUGAGGGGGAGAUGGCUAUUGUCUGAUAAGGAUUUUUAA